AUGAACUACACAAUGUUUGUGGGCAGCUGGCACCCCAAACUGCUGACCUUGAGGUCUACCAUGUAUUGUACAGAGUAUAAAAACGUACUUGGAGUGACUGUGACCAGAUUUUGUGGCAAGUAUGGUUUAGUUGAUGACUCCAUUUACUUCACUUCCAGCGAUGUGCUGGGAGGUAUGCCUUUGCAAGUCGGCCAAAAAGUGAACGUAGUAGCCCAAAAAAAUGAGACGUCAGGAGGUUGGAAAGCAGUCAAGGUGGAACCUGUAACUAAUCAGUGGGAGGAUGAUAAUGAUACUUGCGCAUACACGCAUUCUCCAGCAGAAAAUGAAACUCAUAACUUGAUAGGCGUUAUAACUUUGUGCACCAAAGAUGGUGGCUACAUUAAUGAAACAACUUAUUUCUCCAUGGCAGAUGUAUAUGAAGGUUUUCAGCCUUAUAAAGGUGACUGGGUACAGGCCCAAUACGCCAUUGAACCAACAACUUGGAAAAGCCAAGCUUACAGCCUGAAACCACUUAGAUAUAAACGAGUUGAUAAAGUACCAAUAACUCGAAUUCUUCAUCGAGGUGGUGUAGUGGAUGACAUUAUAUUCUUCACUCUUGAUUCUCUCCAAAUGUCACAGCUUUAUGUGCCUAAAAAAGAUGAUUUAGUCAAUGCAGUGAUUAUUGAAAGUAAUCAGUCUUUAUACCAAUGGAGAGCUUUAUGCAUUGGACUAGCAGACAAAGAAAGCUUAUCAGUUCCUGCAAUAACAGGCAAAGAGCUUGACCCUGUUAACUUGGAGCUCUUUAACAAAGAAGGAUUGGAAGUUACAAGAAAGAUUGAUUUUGGUACCAUCAAACAGGGAGAGAAAAAAGACUUGAUGGUGUGGAUUGAGAACAAAGGAAAGGAUGCUCAAAGCCUUCUAAACUGUAAGCUGGCGGGAUGGGAGAGAGGCAGUCAGUUCUUUCUGAUGUCACCCCAGUUAGUUACUGCCUCUGAAAAUGGAGCCAAAGAACAACAGAGCCCCAGUAAAUUUGCAUCUUAUGACAGAAUGACUCAAUCCCAGUCAUUCUGUAUCGUCCUUGGUUCUUGCCUGCCCAAAAUAUCAAAUCAACCAUCUAGGCUUCCUGGUGUGACUCUUCAUCAAAAGAAUGUAUCCACACCUCAGGAAAGAAUAUCAUCCCAGCAAGAUGGUUCAUGCAAUUCACAAAGCGCUCGAGAUGAUAAAUUCCUGAAUAAUAUGUCAUCAGCCACUGCACCUUCCCUAAAUCAGCUAAAUUGUCUGCAGACUGUUGAUGCCCAUGUAAAAUGUGAAAAAAUGAAACAAGAGCUUAGCAGCACAAAUGUAGAAAUUGGCGAAAGGAUGCUGCAAAUAUUACCUGGGGGAAAAGCCUACGUAAAACUCGGGUGUGAAGCAAAAAAUCCCGGUCGUAGUAAAGAUCUUCUCUUGCUUUAUUUUGAUGAUUUUAUGAUGGGUUGUUAUGUGGAGGUGGAUGUAAUGAGUGAUGAGGAAUAUCUACUGGAACCAAGAUCCAGAUAUCACCCUGUAAAAUCCAAAUCCUUUCAACCAGAUCAAAAAGAAACCAACUUCAUGGUUGUGAGUGUGAGAAAUCCUUCAAGACGGCGCAUACCUAGCUUUCUUCCACAGUAUGCUGUGCCUGAGAGAUUGAAAGAGUGCAUUGAAAGGGAUGCAGAUAUCCUGACUGUUCAGCCAAAUCUGUCAGAUGCUCUGAACAUGUCAAAAUAUAAAGAUCGUUUCUCAACACUUCUGUGGCUGGAGGAGAUCAAAGUCGAAAUGGAAAUGAGGGAAUUUAAUAUGACCAAUGUGACUUUGAAAAAGCAAGGGGACUACCUCAUUCUGGAGGUGCCAGGGUUGGUUGAAGGCCGGCCAUCAGUAUCUAUUGGAGACCGAAUAAUAUUAAAGAGUUCCUGUUGUACAGAACCUGUAGUGCGAUAUUCUGGCUUUGUACUGGAGGUAUAUGAAGAUGAGCUUGUGCUGCAGUUUAAUUCUUCACUUCACCAAGCCUAUGGAGGGGAGCCUAUGGAUGUGGAGUUUACAUAUAACAGAAUCUCUACCCGGAGAUGCCAGUUUGCUGUGGAACAAGCUUUUCAUCUUGGUGAACAAGUUUUGUUUCCAGAGAAUGUUGUGGCAAAACCUCCACAAACAGUUACUACAUGGGAUGAUAUUGACACAGUUGUGACAAAUAAAAAAAAGAGUUGCUACAGAUCUCAGGGCCAAACUAACAAAGAAGAAGAUGUGGAUGCAAAAUUAAAUAGUUCCUGUACAGGUAAGGAGAGCUGGUGCCAAGAUGGUGAAAGCAAAAAUUUGAAGAGAAGGACAACUGAAAUGAUAUGUACGUCUGAAGCAUUGUCGUUUGCUGCACCCACUGAUGGAAAUUAUACAGGCAAACAAUCUAAUGGGCCAGAAGAUAACUUCUUUAACUCAUUUCUAAAUGACUGUCAAAAAUCUGCAGUCAAGAGGAUCCUCUGUGGUGAAUGCAGACCAACACCAUAUAUUCUGUUUGGACCUCCUGGCACUGGAAAAACAGUCACUAUUCUCGAAGCCAUCUUGCAGAUCCAUUUUACUUUACCAGACAGUCGGAUUUUGGCAUGUGCUCCAUCCAACAGUGCUGCUGACUUAGUGUGUUUACGUUUACAUGAAAGCAAUUUGCUGAAGCAAGGAGACAUGGUGCGAGUUAAUGCCACUUGCAGACCUGCAGAGUACAUCCCUGAAAUUGUCCAACUGUACAGUAAAGAUGGAGAAGAUCUUUGGGAUGCAGCACGUUGCAGAAUAAUAAUAACCACAUGUAGCACAGCUGGAUUAUUCUACCAAAUUGGAUUAAGGACUGGACACUUCACUCACGUUUUCAUUGAUGAAGCUGGUCAAGCUAGUGAACCUGAAUGUCUCAUUCCAAUGCUGCUUGUGUCAGAGGAAGAUGGACAGAUUGUGCUUGCUGGAGACCCAAUGCAACUAGGACCAAUAAUAAAGUCGAGAAUUGCUUCAGCUUAUGGUCUGUCUGUUUCACUUUUGGAGCGAUUAAUGACACGUCCUUCAUAUUGUAGAGAUGAAAACUUUGCUGCAUUUGGAUCCUACAGUCCUCUUUUGGUGACAAAGCUAGUGAAUAAUUAUCGGUCACAUUCAUCUUUACUUGCCCUGCCUUCUAAAUUGUUUUAUCAUGAAGAGCUAAGGAUGUGUUCAGAUCAGUCUGUGGUCAGCAAGUUCUGUAACUGGGAAAAAUUGCCCAGGAAAGGAUUUCCGAUAAUUUUUCAUGGAUUGAGGGGGAAUGAAAUGAGGGAAGGUAGCAAUCCGUCAUGGUUCAAUCCUAAAGAGGCAGUUCAAGUAAUGCGUUAUUGCUGUCUCCUGGCAAAACACUGUACAAACCCAGUAAAGCCUUCUGAGAUUGGGGUCAUUGCACCCUACCAAAAACAAGUGCAGAAAAUCAGAAUUCUCCUCCGAAGUGGUUAUCUCUCUGACCUAAAGGUUGGAUCUGUUGAAGAGUUUCAAGGCCAGGAGAAACUGGUCAUAAUUGUGUCAACAGUACGGUCCAGUGAAGAAAAUCUGUUUGAGGACACUCGUUGUGUUUUAGGAUUUCUUUCCAACCCCAAAAGAUUUAAUGUGGCCAUCACUCGAGCAAAAGCACUGUUGAUUGUGGUUGGUAAUCCACACAUUCUUCUCAAGGAUCCAUGUUGGGGUGCAUUUCUGGAAUACUGUGUUACGAACAAUGCAUAUAUUGGUUGUGAUCUCCCACAUGAAGUUUUGAUUCAGCAGGGGUUCUAUUUCACUUAUGAGGGAAAGACUUAAUGAAGAUCUUCAAACAAACAUGCAAAGUGAACGAUGCUUUCUCUACCUCCAUUCGUAGUUUCCACAUCAUAGAUGCCAACAUCCAGUAAUUAUGUGCACUUUGUACAACACUUUACCAUGUGUGGUUUAUUGAGACUUUUUUAAUGGCCAAGGGAUUGGAGAAUAGCAAAGUAGUAGUGCCCCUUAGCCUUGCUAGACCAGUAACAUUCAGUUAGCCUUGAGUGUGCCGAGUAUGCCCUUUCCAGUGAAAUAUGUGCCAGCCAGCUGUAAUCCUAAAACCAGCAAAAAGAUGGAAGGGAUCAUCAGUAUUGCCCAGUUGCCAAUAGUCUGAUUAAUAAUCUUCAAUUCAGGUUCUGUCAAAACCUAUUCCGUUCUAGAACUCUUCAGUGCUUUGGCUUAGUAAAUUCUUGAAUCUAGUUCUAUCAGCAAAUUGAGAGUCACCUUGACA